GCUGUUAAUUGUUUGUUAAUAAUUAUUAUCAGCUAUAUAUUAGUAAAAUUAUUUUAUUAUUUUAGACCAAAACAAUUAAUUAGUCCAAAUGGAAAAGCAGUACUUAUUACAGGUUGCGAUUCAGGUUUCGGUAAUCUAUUGGCCUAUAGUCUGAAUGAACGAGGAUUUCGUGUUUACGCCGCAUGUCUUGACCCGAACACGAGCACGGAUUGCGGUGGACAAAGAUUGGCCAAAACGUGUAGAUUUACCGAUCAAAUGGUUGUCCUGAAAAUGAAUGUUACCGACGAUCGAGAAGUACACGAAGCGUUCAAUCAGAUUACCGAAGAUCUGGUGGCCAACAAUUGUAAAUUAUGGUCAGUGGUCAACAAUGCCGGCUAUAUGAUUACCAGUCCCGUCGAAUGGGGAACAUUGGAUGACUACGAACGGCUGUUUGCGGUCAACGUGUUUGGUCUGGUUCGGGUCACACGUAUAUUCUUACCGUUAUUACGGUCAGCAAAAGGUCGUGUUGUAAACAUGUCGUCAACAAUGGGUAGACUAACCCUCGACUACUUCAGUGCCUAUUGUAUGUCAAAAGCAUCGAUAAUCAGGUUUUCCGAUUCGUUGAGAAAAGAAAUGCAAACGUUUGGCGUACGGGUGGCCACUAUAAUGCCGGGAGGUUUCAAAAAUACUGGACUAUUGUCGAAAACAAUUGCAGCGAUGGACACCGUUUGGCUGACCACUGACGAGUCGGUCAAAUCGGCGUACGGACAGCAAUACUAUGAACAAUGGAAACGUGUGGUUCUUUUGCAGUUAGACUGCAACCCAUUUCUGGCAACUGAUCCCUAUAUAGUGAUCAACGAUAUGAUCGAUGCCAUCAUGAAUACCGUUCCCCUCAAUAAUUACGAACCUAUCGGUAACUUACGGUUUCAACUAUACUAUCGCUUAUACGAUAUUUUGGGCCAAAAAUUACUUGCAAACUCUUUAUUAUUAUUAUUAAUAAUAUUUUUCUCUAUAUUAUUAUUUAUAUUAUAUCAAUAUUAUCGUCGAUUGCAAUGUAUGUCUGUAUUGAAGCGAAACGGUAUUUCGGGUCCAAAACCGCAUCUGAUUUUCGGCAAUCUAUUCGACUUCAAGGGUAUGUCAUCACUGGAACAGAAAGACUAUUUAAUUGGCAAAUACGGUAAAACUGUUGGCCUGUAUUACGGUUGUAAACCCGUAGUACUGGUGGCCGAUCCCGAACUGGCCAAACAUAUCCAAAUCAAAGACUUCCAGUAUUUCAAUGACCGGACUUUAUCGCUAAAAAUUAUUACACAUCCAAUCAUUGACGGAUCCGUACAUCUGAAAUGUGGCCAACGAUGGAGAGAUUUACGAUCGGUAUUGUCGCCGAUGUUUAGCGGAUCUAAACUAAGAAAACUCUAUGAACUGAUUGAUUCGUCAAUCGAUACGUUUUUGGAUAUAUUGGCCAAAAACCAACAAAACAAAGACGACAACGAUUUCGAUAUCUAUGAACUGUUCAAACGAUUGACUGCCGAUCUGACCGCACGGACAGCUUUCGGCGUCCAGACCAAUGUCCAGACAGCGACGGACAGCAAAUUUCUUGACGCAAUGAAUCUAUUGUUUAAUUCGCAUCCGUAUAGCAAAUGGUACAGAAUUUUAAGUUUUUGUUUUCCCCGAUUCAGUCCAUUAUUCAAUCAAUUUAGUCGUCUGGACGACCAAAUCGAUUGCCUAAUGAAUCGGUCGGCAAACGGCCAACUAAUAGACAUAACUAAAGAGAUUAUUGAUUUGAGAAAAAACGCAUCAAUAAAUACAAAACAUACGGAUAUAUUACAGUCGAUGUUUGACAAUAAUGUUGAUAAUAAUACUAAAACAAUAGAUGAUAUCAACGACAAUAAACAGUCAAUCAAACUAACCGAUUACGAGAUUCAGGGAAACUGUAUCUUCUUUUAUAUAGCCGGCUAUCGAAAUGCUAGUAUAACACUCGGGUUUGUCGCACACAUACUGGUCAACUAUCCCGAUAUUCAGGAAAGGGUCCGACAGGAAGUCAGGGAACUGUAUGCAAGUGAUGGUCGACUGGAUUACAAUACUCUAUCAAAACUCGAGUACAUGGAGUGUGUAAUCAAUGAGACGAUGCGUUUGUAUCCGCCGAGUGUAGCCUUUGCUACCCGUGAAGCCAACGCUGACUACACGUACGACAACAUAACUAUACCGAAAGGUACGGUCAUACAGUUUGCCAACUAUUAUAUGCAUAGAGAUCCAGACUAUUGGCCCGAACCGGAAAAGUUUGAUCCCGAAAGGUUCAGUUCGGGUCGUCGUCAUGAAUGGCAUCCAUAUUCGUGGCAAACAUUUGGAAACGGACCCCGAAGUUGUGUUGGCUUACGGUUGGCCUACUUUGAGAUGAAACUAUGUUUGGCUAAAUUGUUGAUCAAUUACCGACUGGAACCGGGACCGCGAACCGAAUUGGGAGACAUUGUUCGCGAAACUAAACUAAUUUCAAUGGUUCCCAAAAACGGAGUGUUUGUUAAAAUUGUCAAAAUUUAAUUAAAUACUAAUUGUAUUGAAUCUGUGAGCUAUACUGUAGUUAUA